AUGGCACCCAGAGUUAUCGUCGUUGGCGGUGGUCUGUCCGGCUUGAGUGCCGCGCAUACCAUCUACCUCGCAGGAGGCAACGUUGUCGUUCUCGACAAGCAGGGCUUCUUCGGAGGCAACUCCACAAAGGCCACUUCUGGCAUCAACGGUGCCUUGACGCGGACACAGGUCGACACCGGAAUUGCCGACAGCGUCAAGCAAUUCUAUGAUGAUACCCUCAAGUCUGCUCGUGACAAGGCCCGCCCCGACCUCAUCAAGGUCCUUACCUACAAGUCCGCUGCCGCCGUCGAGUGGCUUCAGGAUGUCUUCAACCUGGACCUUACUCUCGUUUCGCGGUUAGGAGGUCACUCCCAGCCCCGUACCCACCGUGGUCACGAUGCCAAGUUCCCUGGUAUGGCCAUCACAUAUGCGCUCAUGCAGAGACUCGAGGAGCUCGCCGAGACCGAGCCCGAGCGUGUCGAGAUCAUCAAGAAGGCCCGCGUUACCGGCCUGAACAAGGACGGCAACACCAUCACUGGUGUUUCAUACGAGUUCAACGGCGAGGAGCAAAAGGUUGACGGACCCGUCAUUCUUGCCACCGGUGGUUACGCUGCCGACUUUGGCGAGACCUCCCUACUCAAGAAGCACCGUCCCGAUACCUUCGGCCUCGCCACCACCAACGGCACCCACGCCACUGGUGACGGUCAGAAGAUGGUCAUGGCCAUCGGCGGUAACGGUAUUGACAUGGACAAGGUCCAGGUCCAUCCUACCGGUCUGGUUGACCCUAAGGACCCCGGCUCCAAGUGGAAGUUCUUGGCUGCUGAGGCCCUUCGUGGUGAGGGCGGUCUCCUUCUCAACGCCGACGGUGACCGUUUCUGCGAUGAGCUUGGCCACCGUGACUACGUCUCCGGCAUGAUGUGGAAGGAGAAGGACAAGAACAAGUUCCCUAUCAGACUCAUCCUCAACUCCAAGGCCUCUAAGGUCCUUGACUUCCACACUCGCCACUACUCUGGUCGUGGUCUGAUGAAGAAGAUGACCGGUGCCGAGCUGGCCAAGGAAAUUGGCUGCUCCCCCGACCACCUCCAGAAGACCUUCACCACCUACAACGCCAUUGCCGAUGGCAAGCAGAAGGACCCUUGGGGCAAGAAGUUCUUCCACAACCUGCCCGUCGACAUCAACGAUGACUUCCACGUCGCGCUGAUGGAGCCUGUUCUCCACUUCACCAUGGGUGGUAUCGAGAUCAACGACAAGGCCCAGGUCUUGAACAGCGAGCAGAAGCCCUUUGACGGUCUGUUCGCCUGCGGUGAGCUUGCUGGUGGCGUUCACGGUGCCAACCGUCUCGGUGGUUCUUCCCUACUUGGCUGUGUCGUUUACGGCCGUGUUGCCGGUGACACCGCUAGCAACUACCUCUUCCAGCAGGCUCUUAACGGCGUAGGAGGUGCCACCUCCCGUCUCGGCCAGAUCUCACUGCACCUGGACCCCGCCCAGCCUGGUCGCGUCACGAUCGACUGGAACAACGGUGGUGGCUCCGGUGGCCAGGGUAUCCCUGCCCAGCAGACCACAUCGGCCGCCGGCCCCACGCCCGAGAAGGCGGACGGCCAGAAGGCUUCCAAGCCCAACAACCCCAAGGAGUUUUCCGUUCCCGAGAAGGAGUUCUCUAUGGAGGAGGUUGCCAAGCACAACACCAAGGAGGACCUGUGGGUCGUCGUCAAGGGUGUUGUGAUGGAUCUCUCAAACUGGCUCGAGGAGCACCCCGGUGGACCCCAGGCCAUCAUGAACUUCAUGGGCCGCGACGCCACCGAGGAGUUUGAGAUGCUGCACGACGACGAGGUUAUCCCCAAGUACGCACCACAGCAGGUGAUUGGCCGCGUCAAGGGCCAGACGCCGAGUUUGGAGCUGUAA